GAAGAUUUUUCGAAAUUGAGUCUUUCUCAAGAGAAGGAAUUAAGUAUUGAAGAACAGGCUAUUGAGAGUCAAUAUUUAAGCUUGAUUAAUAAUUUGGAUGGCGUUAAAGGUCAAAGCACGGAAGAAAAUGAGAUUUUAGUCAAGAUCAAUGAGUUAUUGAAAGAAAAAAGUUAUUUAUUGGGAAAUGCCAACAAUAAGAUUGAUGAAGUAGUAUUCAACAAGCUAUUUGAUAUUGUUACGAAGAAAUAUCAAGGUAAAAGUGAAGAGGCUGUCAAGAUUCGUCAUGUUUUAAGAUGGAUUGAUUUGAUUCAAAACACUCUAGUUAUUAAGAAAGAGGAUGAGAAGAUCAAGAUUGAUUAUUCAAUUGAGUUGCCACAAGAGAUUAAAGUCAAAGAGAAAAAGAGUGACGCAUCUAAAGAAGGUAAAGAUGGUAAAACAGGUAAAACAGGUAAAACAGAUAAAGAAAUUGCCGAAACCAAGGGCGGUAAGAAAGAAUUGAGUGAAGAAGAUAAAAAAAAGAAAGUUGAAGCACAAAAGGCCAAAAAGGCUGCCAAAAAGGCUGCCAAAAAGAGCAGUGGUGGUGGAAAUGAGAAGAAAACUGUUGUGAUUGAUCCCUCGUUGAUUGAUUUCAGAGUGGGAUUUAUUGAAAAGUGCGAAAAGCACCCCAAUGCGGACUCGUUGUAUGUGUCGACCAUCCAAAUGGGAGAUGAGAGCGGCGAGCCCCGAAAGGUGUGCUCCGGGUUGGUGAAGCACUUUUCUUUGGAGGAGAUGCAGCAAAGAAGGGUGGUUGUUGUGUGCAACUUGAAGCCAGUGAACAUGAGAGGAGUGAAGAGCAUGGCGAUGGUUUUGUGUGGGUCGGAUGCGGCAGACGGGUUGGUUGAGUUUGUGAUUCCUCCCGAGAACAGUGCAGUGGGUGACAAGCUCUUCUUCGAGGGUUUCGACGGCGUGCCUGAGAAGGUAUUGAAUCCCAAGAAGAAGAUCUGGGAAACCUGCCAACCCUCCUUCUCAACCACCGAUCUGUUGGUGGUGGUGUACAAGCAAGACGGAAAGCCCGACGCACGUCUCGUGAACAGCGCCGGCAGUGCGUGUGCUGUUAGCACCGUCACAAACGCUCUUGUUCGCUAG